CGCCCGCAAAUAAAUUGAAAUUUCAAUAACCUUCUCUGACAUUCAUCAUAUUCCAACUCUCACAUCAUUCAACCACGACCCCCCUAAUCUACCAUCCUCUAUAUUGCCAAAACGUAUCUCGACUGGCUAUACGAGCUUCAUCUUUCGCUAUACAGUUUUUCGAGUCCAACAUGGGCAGAAGAACGGCGACUUCUUAUGACGAUGCUUUCUGUACCAAAUUUCGUGGGGUGAUUCAUGAAGUGUUGAACAAACUAAACGAUCAAGGUGAAAUCGAGAAUACGGACGUUCUCUAUCCAAGAAGGCACGAUGCGGGACCUAUUUCUUCACCUCCAUCUCGGCGUCCAUAUACGUUUGAACAAUUUGUCGAUCAUCUUGACGAGAACGAUAGUACGUUUCACAAUUUGAUCGAGUUGCUGAUCACAAUCACUGCGCGCAAGGAAAUCGCAAAAGCUAUUCAUCUUAAUGAUCCUGCAAACGAUCUAACAACGGCAGAUGGCAUUCAUGCCUCUCCUUCAACCACCUCAUUUACCGAAUCAUCCGCUGCACUUCGAUUGGAAUCAAGAUUGAGGAAUUUCAAUACGCGCACGACAAGAGAAUGUCAACGUGAUAUAUUGCGUAAUCGUGCCGUUCAAGGCGAAAUUCGUGGAAUCACACAACGUAAUCGUCGUCAUCGAACGAGCAAUGAGAGUAGCCCUUCUUCGGAAAGUUUGCAAGGUAAUAGUCCACCACCAACACGUACUGUUUUCUCUACUCUGAACGCACCCGAGACAGGAUUCAUUAAUUCCGACGCAGGAUAUGAUGCAGGUGCAACUUCGAGAAUAUUUCGUGUAAAUCAACAGAACAGUGGCAGCGGGAGUGGUUCAAGCAGUUUAGUAGGAGCACGUAGAUGGCUACAGCAUGACGUUUCGUCUAUACGAAGACGACUGGAUCAGCGAUUAGAUCAAAGACGUGAAGAACUAACAGCAAGACAAAGUAGCAGCAACAAUCACACAUCUUCUCCAAUCCCACGUAGAGCAAGUGGAAUAUUGUCUAUCUCACGCGAUGGAUCUCACGUUUCCGUUCCGCCAGGUUCACAUACGAAUGAUAUAGAUUCAGUGUAUGCUCAACGCUUUUCGACACAAUCAUUCCCGCCAGAAUCACAGACACCGUCUUCUUCUGAUCCGACUUUGUCAGCCUCUUCCUCGGUCCCUUCUCAUUCGACAACACAGGCUUCUUCUCUGGGCUCGCGAGGUGGAUUGGAUUCAACUUUGGCUCCGCUUUUACGUCCUGAAGAUUCAGGAUCAGGUACUGCCUCUGAUCUUUUGCGCAUGUCGCCUGAUCAACAAGGAGAAAGACUAAGCAUAAGAGAAAGAGCUUUAGAAGUGAUUUCGAUGGCUCAACGGGCAUAUGGAUCAAGUAUAGAUUCAGAUGACUCUUCUAGAUCGAGAACAAUUCAAGCAGUUUUGAAUCGGUUGAAUGAGACUGGAGGUCCAGGUCUUUCGUUAGAGCGCGCUGCUGAUGAUCAGAACCGAACGAAUGAUUUCGAGUCGUUCUCUUCGCGCAGACGUCAAGAUCGUAGAAGACAGUCUGCUGAAGGGGAUCGUGAUGAACAGCAGUCUGACGAAGAUCAAGAUGAAGGCGGACAAAGAAGUUUGGAUAGAGCAUUGGCAACUUUGUCGCGUGCUGAUGAAACCUUGCGAAGGAUCAAUCAAGGACGUCUUUCGGUCACUUCACAGGAUAACACAAAUGCUGGUGCUACUGGUCACGUCGAUAAUCGUGAUCCACUUGCACUGCGUUUGGAACCUUCUGAUGUUAGUUAAUCUUUCUAUAGCACUUUUCUACAAUAUCUACUUGGACCAGGAAUGCUCGAAGCAACUCUCCAUCGUGCUAUGUGUAUUUUCUCUUUUUACGGUAUACCAUUCAUAUUCAUUAUGUAUUUAUCAGCCAAGACUAUAAUAAUGUAUAUUAUUUAUCCCGAAUACUAUGUCAACUGGUGAGAGUA